AUGCAGUCCCUGAAGCUGCGGAUCCCUCCAUCACCUCAAAGGAUCCCAUCGCCUAAAAGAACCCCAGCACCUAAAAGGACCCCAUCCCCUAAAGGGAUCCCAUGGACCCCAUCGCCUAAAGGGAUCCCAUCAAUUAAAAGGAUCCCAUCGCCUCAAAGGAUCCCAUCGCCUCAAAGGAUCCCACUGUCCAAAAGGAACAACCCCAUCACCUAA